ACGCAGAUGCGGUCACACUGAACCGAAGUUGUUUAUAUUUGUUGUAAGCAUCAAUAAAUGUCGAAUUUGCAACUAACCCAGGAAAAACUAGAUGCAUUGCGCUCGGAGUACAGACCACGCAGGCCAUGCGCCCAGCUGAAAUAUCCCCGGCCGAAAACAAAGCCGGAAUAUCAAUCGCUAUAUCCGUGGAUAAUACUCGAUGAAACGGAUCCACACUUUGUGUUCUGCGCCAUUUGCGAGUGCAGGCUGAGCGCGAAACGUUCGGAUCUGGGCAAGCACGAGGGCAGCAUCAAACAUUCGGAGAAUGCCCAGCGCAAGGAGGUGUCCAAGGGGCAGCUGGAUACGGUUGCCGGCGCAGUGAAGUGGGAGCUAAAUGACGAUGAUGAGAGUCUGUUGCCCGUGCUUCAAUUUGCCUCAGCCGGUAGCUUAUGCAAGGUGGAGGAGGCAGACGACGGGGCUGACGGAGAGAAUGAGGCUGAUGACGACGACGACGAUGACGAUGAAGAGGCAGAAGAUGGGGCUGGCAAUGGGGCUGGGGAAGCCGACGCAGACGUGGAAGCGGAUGGCGAUACAGACGAUGCCGACUUGGAUGCCGAAUACGAGCCAGAUUGCAAGCGUCGCGUCUCGGAAACAGACUCGCAACACUCGGGUAUGUUGGAUUACCUGCCGCUGCAGGUGACCAUCAAUGAGUUUCCACACGCUCAGCUAACGCCAGCUGGCCAAUUGGCAACCCAGUGUCAGCCGGCGACAGUGCCCCAACCCUGCCGCAUCACCAUUAAGAAGGUGACCGCACCGCUGAACAAGUCGGCCGGCACAUCCCAAAGUCCCGCCCAGACGCACGAGAUCACCUCGAAGGCGACCAUAACACCCAUUGCCUCCGGCUGUUAUUCUUCCUCGCAACGCCAGCAGCAGCAGUUGUCGUCAUAUGUGGCAGGCGGCAGGCAGUUGCAGUCAUAUCAGCUGCAGCACCAUCAUCAUCUUACCUCAUUGGAGUCGGCGCCACGCGACUCGUUCGAUCUCUUCUUCGACAGCAUAUGCGCCACGGUCAAGGGACUGCCGCCCAAGCUGGCCACCGAGGGCAAAAUACGCGUCAUGCAACUAAUCGGUGAACUCGAACUGCGAGCCAUCAACGAACGCGAAGCGCCCCCGUCAACCUCAGCGAAUCCUGCCGAUCCUGGAGCUACAGCAGCAGCAGCAGGCUCAGUAGCGGGACCGGGAACGGGAGCAGGUGGAGCGGCGGCGGCAGCAGCAGCAGCAUCUGUGCUGGAUGCAGCUGGUAGCAGUCAGCAGAUUGAAACGGUUGCCUCGACUACCAAAUGAACGCGGCUUUGACGGCGUUAGUCAUCGUGGAAUCAGUUCAAAUCAUACUCUUAUCAUCUAAAAUAGCGCCACAGAGAUUACAUAGCAAAAUUUAUUGUGUUAAUAUUGAUUUUCAUUUAGUAUUAGGCUCUCCACACACACACACACAUACACACACAGACACACACAUACACACACUGCAUUCAUUGCCAGCGCCAGUUGUCUGCGGUUAGCAAUUAAUUAUAAGUAAAAGACGAUUUACAAUUAUUAAAUAAUAAUUACAAUUU